AUGCCCGAGACUAACGAUCUCCAGAUAGUCUCUUGCUCAAGUGGAUCUGACGUACGUCUGACUCAGCUGACUCCGGCUGGUGCCAGUGAACGGCUGAAGCGGGGCGAGAAUCGGCUUCUUGUACGCCACAGAGCUCCUUGCCACAAACUUGCCUUGCCAGCUGGAGAACCGACAUUGGUGUUGUCUUGUGGUGAAGACGGCCGGGUCUUCUCAAUUGAUCUCCGUCGACCCAGGCCAGAUAAGUAA